GGGCAUGAGCGGGGCCUCCUGUUCGCUGCCGCCGCUGCAUCCCGACUGUGGGCCUGCGUCGGGAACAUGCCCUUGGCCGCCUACUGCUACCUGCGGGCCGUGGGCAGGGGCAGCUACGGGGAGGUGACGCUCGUGAGGCAUCGGCGGGACGGCAGGCAGUAUGUCAUCAAAAAACUGAACCUCCGAAAUGCCUCCAGCCGAGAGCGGCGAGCUGCUGAGCAGGAAGCACAGCUCUUGUCUCAGCUGAAGCACCCCAACAUUGUCACCUACAAAGAGUCAUGGGAGGGAGGGGAUGGUCUACUCUACAUUGUCAUGGGCUUCUGCGAAGGAGGUGAUCUAUACCGAAAGCUGAAGGAGCAGAAGGGCCGGCUUCUGCCGGAGAGUCAGGUGGUGGAGUGGUUUGUUCAGAUCGCCAUGGCUCUGCAGUAUUUACAUGAGAAACACAUCCUUCACCGAGAUCUGAAAACUCAAAAUGUCUUCCUAACAAGAACAAACAUCAUCAAAGUGGGUGACCUAGGAAUUGCCCGGGUGUUAGAGAACCACUGUGACAUGGCUAGCACCCUCAUUGGCACGCCCUACUACAUGAGUCCUGAAUUGUUCUCAAACAAACCCUACAACUAUAAGUCUGAUGUUUGGGCUCUAGGAUGCUGUGUGUAUGAAAUGGCUACCCUGAAGCAUGCUUUCAAUGCAAAAGACAUGAAUUCUUUAGUUUAUCGGAUUAUUGAAGGAAAGCUGCCACCAGUGCCAAAAGAUUAUAGCCCAGAGUUGGCAGAACUGAUAAGAACAAUGCUGAGCAAAAGGCCUGAAGAAAGACCAUCUGUGAGGAGCAUCCUGAGGCAGCCUUACAUAAAGCACCAAAUCUCCUUGUUUUUGGAGGCCACAAAGGCAAAAACCUGUAAAAAUAAUGUUAAAAAUGGUGACUUUAAAUCUAAGCCUGUUGCUACAGUGAUUUCCGGAAAGACGCAAUCAAAUAAUGAAGUAAUCUCACCCCAACCAUACUCCUCUGAGGGCUCCAGGACAUAUAUAGUGGGAGAAGACAAGUGUUUGUCCCAGGAGAAAUCCGUGGUCGUUGGCCCAUUGAAGACAUCUGCCGGUCUGAAAGGCCACUCCUGCAAACUAGACAUGAGCAAUACUGGAGAAUCACUAGCCACAAUCAGCAGAGUAAAUAUCAAUAUCUUACCUGCAGAAAGGAAGGACUCAAUGGGCGACGGCUUAGUUCAGGAGACUCAACCAGGACGCUUAGAUCCCUCUAAUGCGUUAGAAGAUAAAUGCAAUAUUUCUCAAGUGAAGGAGGAGGGGCUGCAGGAUAACACUAAGUCCGGUGCUCAGCUGGAAAACCUAAUUCCCACAUGGUCCUCAGAUGAUGCCACUGAGGCAGGGGAUGACCCAGUGAAGCUUCUGCAGUCCGUAAGCAAAGACCAAAAGCCAAAGGACCAGGAUCCAGUUGCUGGUAAAUGUACUGUAGAAAAACAGGGCAGAAUCCACCCAGGCUUACAGCCACACAGCUCUGGGUCUGAACCCUCCCUGUCUCGACAGCGACGGCAGAAGAGAAGAGAACAGACCGAGCACAGUGGGGGAAUGAGGCAGUUCCAAGAGGUUUCUCCUAGACAGUUGCCUUCUCUUCCUGCUGUUGGAAAUACAGAUGUCAUGUCGACACAAAAGAACGCUGAACACCAAAGUAGAGAUGUCGGUGCAUCUGUGAGCAGUUCGAGGAGCAGUGAGGGCUCAUCAUUAAAGGAUCGACCAUUAUCAGCAAGAGAGAGGAGGCGACUAAAGCAGUCCCAGGAAGAGACGUUCCCCUCAGGCCCUUCAGUGAGGAGAGCUUCUCUGAGUGCAGUGGGGCCAGGGAAACCUCAGGAGGAAGGCCAGCCUAUCCCUGCUAAACGAUUCUCCUCUGACUGCAGCAUUGCUCAGGAAAAGAAACUGAUCCAUUGUCUGUCUGAGGAGGAGUUAAGUUCUUCUGCAAGUUCAGCUGAUAAGUCAGAUGGGGAUUCUAGGGAAGGUAAAGGUCAUACAAAUGAAAUGAGUGACUUGGUACAACUGAUGACUCAGACCUUGAAACUGGACUCUAAAGAGAGCUAUGAAGAACUCCCAGUACCUAAUCCAGUAUCAGAGUUCAAACUUCAUCGGAAAUAUCGAGACACGCUGAUACUUCAUGGGAAAAUUGCAGAAGAGGCAGAGGAACUCCAUUUUAAAGAGCUGCCUUCAGCUAUUGUGCCAGGUUCUGAAAAGAUCAGGAGAAUAGUUGAAGUCUUGAGAGCUGAUGUAAUCCAAGGCCUGGGGAUUCAGCUUUUAGAGCAGGUGUAUGAUCUUUUGGAAGAGGAGGAUGAGUUAGAGAGAGAGGUACGUUUGCGGGAGCACCUGGGUGAAAAGUAUACGGCUUACAGUUUAAAAGCUCGCCAGCUGAAAUUUUUUGAAGAAAAUGUGAAUUUUUGAGAGUUUGUUCUAAUCUGCUGCCAGAACUAAAGACAUUUUCAAAGAUUUUUCACUUAAAAAAUAAAAGCAAACAAACCCGUAACAAUGGCUUGGAGGCUGUUCAGUGUCCUCUUUGGGAUUUUCUUACUG